AUGAAGCGGAACCGUAACCACAACGACCAAAUGGGUCCAGCGGCUGCAGCGUUGCGCCGCCGCUCUGUUUUUCGUGAUGCUCGCGCUUCUUCUACACAGUUGACUGAUGCCCAGUUAAUCGCAGGGGCGCUAGAGAUGCAGCGUAGCAUUGGCCCCUCGAACACAAGUACAACUGUUGUUAUCAACAGCCCAGAGGAACUUGCUCUUUACAGACAAAAAACGCGUGCUGAACUGGAGGAGCGGGUGAAACGCGGCUACACAUUCCUUGGAAAUUGGGUGAAGUAUGCGAGGUGGGAGGCACAACAGAAAGACUACGAGCGCAUGCGCAGCAUACUGGAACGCGCCGUCAAGUUUCAUGGCGCAAAUCCCGUUCUCUGGCGCGAUUAUGCUGAGUUGGAGGAGGAGGGUGGUUUUAUAAAUCAUGCACGAGCGGUGUGGGAGCGUGGUGUCACUGCACUACCAUCCGCGACAGACCUCUGGCUAAAAUAUAUUGUGCUCGAACAGGCAGCAGGGCAGGACGGUAAGGUGCGCGACUUAUUUAACCGUUGGGUGUCAGGGCCGACGCCACCUGCGUGCGCAUGGGAGUUAUUUGCGCUGUUCGAGGCGCAACAGCGUCGCGCUGAAAACUGUCGGGAUAUUUUGCGGCGGUAUGUGGAGGCUCACGGCACUGUGGAGUGUUGGAUUUUCUAUGGUAGUGCCGAGUUGAAUGUGCUGAAGAAUGCGGACCGUGCCGCCAUGGUUUACGCUUGUGCGAUGGAAUCGUUGCCUAACGAAUAUAUAAAUGGUGAGAAAGAUUGUCGAAUACCGCUUGCGUGGGCUGACGCCCUUGCCGCCGCACUGAAAUUUGAUGAAGCACGCGAACUAUAUCAUCGUCUUUUGAAGGAGUGUACAUCUGUGAAGGCACUGGACGCCAUUUUCACGGCUUACAAGCGCUUUGAACGACUAUACGGAAGUGCUGAGAACCAUGAGACUAUGACCUCAGUCAUCGCCAGAGCAAUGUACCAGCAUCGCAUCGCCCACAACCCUCGUGAUUUUGAUGCUUACGUUGCGCAGUUUCUACUUUUUCGUGAUGCGACCCAAGGAGAUAAUGCAAGUGUGUGUGCGGGCCAUGCUGUUAAUGUGGGCAGUAAGGGAGGAGCGUGGGAGGAGGCACUCCAGUGUUUAACGGCUGCUGCUGGGAUCCGUAUUGAUGGGGAGAAAGAUGCUGUGUUGGCGCAACACCACGCUGUUGUGGUGAUGGCAUAUGCGCGUUUGGUGGAGGAGCGUGGUGAUGUGGCCGCUGCACGCUCAGCAUUAGCGAAGUGCAUCCGCCAUUUCCCCUUUAAGACGGCAUGUUGCCCACGACUCUGGAUAGAGGCUGCAGCGCUUGAAGAGCGACAUGGUGAGUUUGUUCAAGCACAAAAACUUCUCGCUGCGUCACUUAAUAUCUCACCCUGCCCCGAAGUAUUCGAUGCUGCGCUUCGCUUGGAGUCUAAUGCUUGCGCAGCUGGUGAAGUUAGCGCAGAAAGUUGCGUUCAGCGCAGUCGUGCCAUCUAUGAGAGUGCGAUUAAGCAGUUCCCACAAAAUUUCGCCUUGUGGGAGGGCUACGCGAAGUUGGAGGAGAAAGAACGACAAUUUCACCGCUCUGACGCCCUGCGUGCUGCAUGCAUACGUUCCUUCUCCGCAGUUGCGCGGUCGGUGGUCUCGUUGUCUGAGCGUUAUGAAGUACUGGAGAAGGUGGACCAAGCUUGGGCGCGCCGCCUCGCUCUGAAGCGACGUCUCCUUCGCUCUGCCCGCAAGAAAACGUGUGGAGGGCUCUCGGAGAGUGCUGAGGUGGAGGAACUUAACUUUUCCCUUCGUCAGCUAUACCAAGAGCUGUUGGAUUCCGUGUGGGAUGAAUACAUAUAUGAAGCAUUACGUUGGAGGGGUAAAAAUGCCUCAACAGUUGGGGUUCUCUCCCCGCCCCCAUUGCGGCUGCCGGAGGUUCUUACACCGGCGACGGCCAGAUGGGCAGAGGCCGUUAGUGCGGUGACAAAUUUUGUUGUCUCGUCGACGACGGCUGAUGGUCGACCGGAGGACUCGUCUGUGGAGUGGAUGCGCACAACAUUCCGUAAGCGGCUUGAGAGGUACCGCCCCAAGUUGCUGCAAGAGUUUGGGGGGCUGGACAAUAACGCCAGUUUUGAGGCGAUACAACAGUCGAAGCGGUGGGUAGAAUUCCUUCUGUCUCCGAACGGAACGGAGUGGCGGCGGUUUGAAGCAGCUCAUGGGACAUCUGAUACGUUGGAAGCGGCGAAGGAAUGCACGCAACCAACUGCACGUCGCACGCGGUUGUUUGUGAAGAAAAAGGCAUGA